CAACCUUUUAGGGUGUAACCAAGCAAGGACCUUCGAGGACCUAAACAGCAGGGGGCGAUAAGGAGCUCUGUUUCACUUUGCUGAGAAAGUAAAACAGAGAGAAAAGAAGACAUGGCGUCUGGUGGUCACGAUUCUUAACAAUUUUUCGGUCGACACCUGACAAAUUUGGAUUGUUCUAUUGAUGCGGCAAUGUUUAUCAGGCUUGACUAAAGUGAAAGGAUGGCCGAAAUCAUUGCUGUGAACAUCUCGGCCACAUCCGCCACCUUCUUCCUGCCCCCAUCUCCUGUCCUUGAGGACUCUGGCUUUCCCCUGGCCUCGCUGGACAGUGAGGACUAUGUGUUUGUGGAGGCCAGGCACCCCAACAAGGUCCUGGAGGGCCUGAACAGCCUGCGUCUCAACAAUGCCUUCUGUGAUGUGACACUGUGCUGUGGGGGGCAGGAGUUCCCCUGUCACCGUAUCGUACUGGCUUCCUUUAGCUCCUACUUCCAGGCCAUGUUCUCCACAGACCUGAUGGAGUCCAGACAGGAGCGGGUGGCCAUCAACGGAGUGGAGUCCCAGAUGAUUGGCAUGCUGGUCAGCUAUGCCUACACGGCUGAGGUGGUCAUCUCCAAGGCCAACGUGCAGGCCCUGCUGGCUGCGGCCAACCUCUUGGAUGUGAUGGCAGUGCGCGAAGCCUGCUGUCGCUUCAUGGAGCGCCAGAUGGAUGAGAUGAACUGUGUGGGCAUCCACUGCUUUGCUGAGGCCCACUCCUGUAGGGAGCUGGAGAAACACAGCAUGGACUACAUCCUCCAGCACUUCGGCAGUGUCUGCCAACAGGAGGAGUUCCUCUCUCUGUGUGCAGACAAGCUGACGGAGAUCAUCGCCAGCGACCACUUGAACGUAGCCAAGGAGGAGACUGUGUUCGAGGCCACCAUGCUGUGGCUGGACAAGAGCGCCACCCGCAGGCAGAGCUUUGAAAAGGUCUUGGAGCACAUCCGCCUGCCCCUGAUCAGCCCGUACUACAUCCACGAUGUGAUCGAGUCUCUGGAGGUGGUCCGGGAGUCCCAGCGCUGUCAGAGGCUCAUCUCUGAGGCCAAGGACUACCUGCUGCUACAGGACCGACGAGGAGAGCUCUACUGCCCCCGAGCACGCCCACGUAGGUCCACAGGGACAGCUGAGGUGAUUGUGACGGUGGGAGGAGAGGACGAUAAGGUGGUGCUGCGUAGCGUGGAGAGUUUUGACCCCCUUACCAGCCAGUGGAAGAGUCUGGCCUGCCUGCCAUUUGCUGUCAGUAAACACGGCCUGGUGGUUUCAGGCUCCACUCUGUACCUGGCUGGAGGGGAGUUCCCUGAUGGCUCAGCCAGCAGAGAGAUGUGGCGCUAUGACCCCUGCUUCGACUCCUGGCUGGAGAUGGCCCCCAUGAACGUAGCUCGCUCAGAGCUAGGUUUGGUGAUGCUGGAUGGCUAUGUGUUUGCAGUGGGGGGCUGGGAGGGCCGUUCCCGCCUGGACUCUGUAGAGUGCUACAACCCCCACACCAACACCUGGCAGUUCAUGGAGUCGGUCAAGAUGGCCGUCACCAGCCCUGCUGUGGUGGCACUGGAUGGACUGCUCUAUGUCACAGGUGGUGCUGUUCUAGAGGAUGGUGACGGCACAGACCUGGCCCAGGUGUACAACCCUAAAACGUCUGUAUGGACUGAGGUGGCACCCAUGCAGAUCGCUCGCUCCGGCUCUGCUGCCUGCACCCUGAAGGGGAAAAUCUACGUCAUAGGUGGCUGGCAUGCGUCCACAGAGAACACAGACAAGGUGGAGUGUUACGACCCCAAGAGUAACCAGUGGACCAUGUGUGCUCAUAUGAGGGAGAGGCGCUACCGGCCCGGUGUGGCUGUGGUGGACGGCAAGAUCUACGUGCUGGGUGGAGAGGAGGGCUGGGACAGGUACCACGACACCAUCGAGCGGUACUGUGAGGAGACAGACAGCUGGGAGAUCGUGGGGGAGAUGCCCACCAGCCGGAGCUGGCUGAGCUGUGUUUCUCUGCAGCUGAGGAAGGAUGCCCAUGGGGGCAGCCGCCCCGGCACUGCCUCGGAGACCGAGUUCUCUGUGGACUGAGGGAGAACUCCAGACGGAGGUCCUUGUACCAUUCAUUUAUAUUGCUCCAGACUGCCACCUUUUGGAGAGCUCUGAGUAUGCAUCUCUGCCAAACAGUCAACCUGACCCUGGCUGUUCAGGUGCUGAACAGAAGUCACUCUGUGCCAGAGAGAAUGCCAGAGGGCAGCUAACUACCUUAGUAGGGCUGGUAUUCUGUCUCAUCGUGAGUCUUGACCUUGCCAAGUGACUGCGCCUCAAGGCUUAACUCAUGGAGAAGGACAGUUGUGUGACUGCCUCAAUGGCAAGCCUGACAAAAGUGGUCUUUAUUUCACCAUGAAAGCCUGUUCUCUUACUCAAUGGCAUGGUUCCAUUCUGUUGCCAUGUCAACGGUAUCAUUUAGGAUGGAUGACCCUCGUCACACACUUCUGGAACCCUCUCUUUUAAUGUUACGUAAACGUUUGGGUUGUUUCGUUAAACUGUCACCAAGAUGUUCUCUCCACAACCAUCGCAGUCUAUUUUUGCAUUAUUUGUAUGUGCCCUUUAGUAUUUAUUUGAUGUCUUUAGUUGAGGAUGGCCCAUUUUAUUACAAUUGGAAGAUCAUUAUUUUUCCCGUUUAUAAGAUGCUCUUUAUUGGCCAAAGAAUCUAUUGUGAACCAGUAUUUAAGACUAAUUAGUGAACAAAAGCCAAACAUGUUAAGUGUUUUGUCAUGCAAAUUUGGAAGGUAUGUUCACAAUUGCCUUUUGACUGCCUGUUAUAUGGUUUAGUUUAUAUGGCUAAUCGGUAUGCUUAGUAAAUGUUGCUUUUGAGUAGUCAUUUUAAUUCUGUAAAAGUGGAAAUGUGAAUUUAAUAAAAGCAUAUGGAUGCCAAUAUAGUUA